AUGAUAGAUAUUUUUCGACCUCCAGCUUGUGGGAGGGUUGAGAUUUCUGUUAAGCAGUUCACAACUUCCACCGAAGCCCUAACACCACCUUCAUUUCCUUCCUCUUCCAACCCUCACGGCGACUCACUUCACCCGCCGCCGCCGCUGCCAACCCUUCCGUUCGAGCUCGUGGUGGAAAUCCUAUGCAGGCUCCCCGUGAAGUCCCUCUUGCAAUUCCGCUGCGUAUGCAAGUCCUGGAAUUCUCUAAUCUCCGGUGACCCCAAAUUCGCCAGAAAACACCUUCGCUGUUCACCUAAGGACUUCACGCGCCACCACCUCAUCUUUGGCUCCACCAACGAGUUCCUUUUCACGUCUUCUCCGCUCCUCUCUGUCUUCGACGACGCCGCCGCGAUCGCCCCCUCCACUCAGUUCGACCACCCUCUCAACAAUCCAAACCCUUCUGAUUUCAUUGUUGGUUCUUGUGAUGGCAUUGUCUGCUUGGCCAUCGAUGGACGCUUUCCUCUCUUAUGGAACCCUUCCACUGGGAGAUUCAAGGACUUGCCAUCUCUGGAAAAUCCACGGCUACCCGAUAUGUACACGGUAUUCGGGUUUGGUUACAAUCAUUUUGCUGAUUGUUACAAAGUUGUUGCACUUUUCUGCCACUAGGAAAAUUUGGAAACACAAGUCAAGGUUCAUACUGUGGGUACAGAUUCUUGGAGGAAGGUUGAAGAAGAUUUCCCUGUAUAUUGCCCUUUUGAUUAUUCAGGAAGAUUUGUGAGUGGCACCCUUAAUUGGUUUGUUGCUCCAAAUGUUAUUGUUUCUUUUGAUUUGGGGAGUGAGUGUUAUCAAAAACUUUUGCUGCCUGAUCAUUGUCCUCAUGAUAUUCCGGUGAGUUUAGGGGUGUUGAGGGAUUGCUUGUGCGUCAUUUCUUUCGAAGCUUCUUAUAGUGAAAUUUGGCUUAUGCAAGAGUAUGGAAAUAUAGAGUCUUGGACUAGAUUAUUCUAUGUGUGGAACGAAUGCCUGUUUAUCAACGCAUUUCAUAUUUCUGAGAACGACGAAGUUCUGCUGGAAUUAGAAACUCUAUCUAAGUUCGAGUCCGAGUUAAUUGUUUACAAUUUCAGAGAUGUUAGAACUUCCCAAAUUCAAAACACCAUGGUCAAAACACCAAUGGUCUAUGUAGAAAGCUUGAUCUCACCGGCCGCGCUUGUCCUCGAUGUCUAACAGAGGCGCUGAAGAAGGCAUUACCAUUGCCGUUAACAUGGUUGGAUAGCUCAGUGAGUCUGUCUCACUCUCGGUUUUAGAGUUUUUAUUUUUUUCCUCUAUGGUCCAGUUCCUUUAUGGACAAAUGUGGGAUGAUUUGUACAUUUCUCAUGUACUGUCGAGAAAUGUUGGCAUUAGUGAAACUGUUAUGUGAUGUUUAUCUGGUAUUGUGACUUGGGGAGUAGCCUUGAGAGGUUGUUCAACUGAUGGUUUCUUAGAAGGUUGUUACUUAUGAAUUGUGUGGAAACAUACAGCCUGUUGUACUUGGACAUUGAUUAAUAAUAUAAGGGUGGUUUUCUGGGUGAA